GUAAGUGAAGUUGAACAGAGAGAGAGAGAGAGAGAGAGACAGACAGUUGUAUGAGAGAUAGAGUUGCAGGCCUCGUGUGUUUAACCUCUCGUGGUCUACUAAACACAUGUGUGCUAAACACAUGAAUCCUGCUUUUACUUAAUUUUUCUUCUUCUAACCUCCAGGAUUGUGCCUGUUGCCCAAAGUGAUUUUUUUCUGACUCAUCACCUGUUGAAGCGGAGAAUGUUGCACAGGUUGGUCUCUAGUCUUGAGAGUCUGUCCUGAAUGUGUUCAACUGCCAACUAUGUUCUCCCGCUGAGGAGAACCUUUGAGGGAUUAGCAGCUCCAGGCAGGUUGUGUGGAGGAGUGUCCAUGUCAACUAAUUUCCCCGGAGCCAGGUCUCAUGGAGCUCCUCAGGAUACAGAGAUGGAUGUGGCUUGGCAGGAGCUGAUGGCCAUCACAGAUCUGCAGUUUGACGUUCCCGGUGAAGCCUCCUAUGAAACAACCCAAUACCAAAGCAUGGAGCCCAUGGCCCCUAUGGGAGGUUAUGCGAUGGCUCAAUCCCUUCCUCAGCCUCCCCCUGCUUCUUGUGACCUCAGUGCUCCAAACACAUAUGAUGGAUGUUUCUCCCAAGAGCCGUCUGUCUCCCAACAUCAGUUAGGCAGCAACGCAGAGGCAAUCUACGGAAACUCUGAACCUCAGCUCAAUCAGCGAAUGCCCCCCAUUCCUUCACACUCGCAGGCCUCACUCAUGGCACCCAGAGAACACAUGAAUAUGACGGGUGCCAGUCAGGGGCAAAGAAGGUCAAACGCUUGCCUCUCUCAGGGUCGGCACAUGCUGUGGACUGCACAUGGACAAAUUUCCCACACUCGCUCUGCUGAUGAUCUUGAAUCAGACUCGGGUCUGUCUUUGGGUUCUAGCCCACCUUUGGCCUCCCCAGAUAAUCCUGUUGGUGGUGCACCAGGCUACCAGACUGUAGACAUUAGUAUGACAUAUAGUGAUGGUGAACCAGACAACAUGACUGAUCACACCAGAGGAGUACACAUGCAUUACUCAAUGAACUACCAGAAUCAAUCUCACGCUUUUCUACACUCCUCAGGUGCACAGGCCUAUUUUCCUAAUCAAACUGCUUAUUCUCAUGUACAAUCUAAUGUCUCAAGUACUUGGUCAGGGAAACAGCAGGGUCAAGCCACUGCCCUGGGCGAACUGUACAGUGACUGUGGAGUCACCAGCAGAGGGAGCUCACAGCAUAAUCUGUUCACUAAACAACCAGGAAGCACCUCAACUACUGCUCCACUGAGCAGAGAUGAGAGACGGGCCAUGUCCUUGAAAAUCCCCUUCCCCAUGGAGAAGAUUAUUAAUCUACCUGUGGACGACUUCAAUGAGCUGCUGACACAGUAUACUUUAACAGAUUCUCAACUAGCACUGGUCAGGGACAUUAGACGCAGAGGAAAGAACAAGGUGGCUGCCCAGAACUGUAGAAAAAGAAAGCUGGAGAGUAUAAUUCACCUUGAAAGAGAACUGAACCAGCUGCAGGCCCAAAGAGAGCACCUGGCACAGGAGAGGCUGGAGUUCAAGCGCAGCUUAACUUUUAUCAAAUGUCGCUUGACAGACCUCUACUCAGAAGUAUUUUCUCACUUAAGAGAUGAAGCUGGACAACCAUACUCAGUAGAUGAAUACUCCCUGCAACAGACACCUGAUGGUAAAAUUUAUCUAGUACCCCACACAUCUAUGCACAAAAGAGACCAAUGUUGAAGAAAUAGCUUAUUUAAUGAAAUUAUAGCAGACAUGAAGUUGUACCAUGCGAACUGAGUACUUGUUUAUGUGCUUUUGACAAUUCUUUAAAAUGUAAAACUGGAAAUACAUGCAUCAACACUUUUACAUCUUUGUAAGCGACUGAAACCACACAAGUUUGUUUUUUUUGAAAAAUACUUUAUUAAAAAAAGUAAAAACAAGAAAAAGACACUGCACAGCAGUCUUCUGUUGGGUUAAAAAAUGUAAAAUCUCUUCUGCACCAUCAUGAUUGUUUGGCAAACCUGUGAAAACAAUUAGGUUAAAAAAAAAAAGAAACACUUGCAAAACUGUUAGAUGCUAGGUUUGGAUAAACUGUACCUGAAUUGGCCAUUAUCACUGAAAUGAAGUCAGGUUUCUGGGACAUGUGCAGUUACCUAGAAAGAAGAAACACCAAAUGAGUAAAAGACAUAAAAAAGCAA